AUGAUUGACCCAUCUGUCGCUCACCAGUUGCUGGCGUUUUUGGAGCCGAUCCAGAUUGGGUAUGGUGCUUGUAUUCUGAGUUUCUUGGGAGCGAUUCACUGGGGGUUGGAGUUUGCGAAGUAUGGUGAUGCACCCUCGAGGUUGAGGUAUGCUGUUGGAGUUGCGCCUACGUUGAUCGCAUGGCCUACUGUGAUGUUGCCGGCGCAGUUUGCUCUGUCCACCCAAUUUGUUGGGUUUACGGUCAUGUACGCCAUCGAUUCCGCCAUGACAAAGCGUGGGUAUACCCCGAGGUGGUACGCACAGUACCGCUUCAUGCUCACUGCUGUUGUUUGUUCUUCGAUUCUCUUUACCCUUCUUGCCAAGGGCUGGAUGAGGUCUCCUGAGGCUGCUGACCCUGGAGCGAUUGAGCAGUUCAAGAAGUACAGGAGUGAGGAGUGGGCGAACCUUGACGUUGCUGAAGGACGUGAGCACCCUCAGAACCCCAAGUCGCAGACGCAGGUCAAGCAGGGUGAGAGGGGUCAGGAGAGGCCUGAUAAGCCUAAGGAUGAUGGGAAGGCUGAUGUGCAGGGGGAGGGGAUGAAGCCCUCGGACAAGGAGUUGGAUGAGGAGAAGAAGAAGGACCAGAAUGAGAAGGAGACGAAGAAGACUGAGAAGAAGGAGGAUAAGGAGCAGGGCAAGACUGGUGGGAGUAAGAAGUAG